AUGAAUGUCGACUAUUUCUUCCUGGACCCGGAAAAUCAGACACAUGAGUUUUCUGAAGACGCCAUGACCAGAUUACACAUGGGCAGAUCAACAAUCGCCUUAUUCAUAGUGAGCUUUUUCGUAAUGUUCAUCGCUUUUUGGACCGGAGUCGCUGGUUGCUGGAGAAGAUCGCCCGGAAAUAUCACGGCCACUGCAAUUUUAGUGCUAUUGGCAUGUUUACUUAGCGCUGGCGCUAUGGGAUUCUGGCACGGUGUGGAAUACUACGAAAAGGAACGUGUAGUAGGAGACGAAUUUUACCAGCAAUGGAAUAGCAUUCUUAAGGACAACACUCGUAUAUCCUACGAUUGGUCGUUCUUCAUGGCGUGGACUGGCGUUGCAUUUUCUUUGGUGUCUGCUAUACUAUUUUCCGGCGCCGCAAUCUGUCUACGAGGCGAACGCGAAAGAGAAGAGGCUCUCAACAUGCAAUACUUAAUGCCUGUAUAUCCACAAAAACAACAAUAUGCUUACGCUGGAUACCCUACACCAAAUUCGUAUCCAUCGGGACCCUACUACCAUGGACAACAACAACAACAACCACAAUACGCCGGCCACUACAAUUACUAG